GGACAUUGUAAUCGGAUAGGUAAAUGAUUGGGUUUCAUUGAUCUGAAGAAGCACGUGGUGCUGGAACGAGAAUCUGUAGGAUUCUCUAUUUUCAACCAAUGGCUUCAGUGACUGUAGUGCCUACUUCUGGAUUGAGAGAAGCCAGUGGCAAUAGUGUUGCUGUUGAUAGAUUGCCGGAGGAGAUGAAUGACAUGAAAAUUAGGGAUGACAAGGAAAUGGAAGCUACUGUAGUUGAUGGGAACGGGACAGAAACAGGUCAUAUCAUUGUGACUACCAUUGGUGGGAGAAAUGGACAGCCAAAGCAGACCAUAAGCUACAUGGCUGAGCGAGUUGUUGGUCAUGGAUCAUUUGGAAUUGUUUUCCAGGCUAAAUGCUUAGAGACUGGUGAAACUGUGGCAAUAAAGAAGGUUCUUCAAGACAAGCGGUACAAAAACCGUGAAUUGCAAACGAUGCGUCUUCUAGACCACCCAAAUGUCGUGUCACUGAAGCACUGUUUCUUUUCAACAACUGAAAAGGAUGAACUUUAUCUUAACCUUGUACUUGAGUAUGUUCCAGAGACUGUUCAUCGGGUGAUCAAGCACUAUAAUAAGAUGAACCAAAGGAUGCCGCUGAUCUAUGUGAAACUUUAUACUUAUCAGAUUUGUAGGGCAUUGGCUUACAUUCAUGGCACAAUUGGAGUUUGCCACAGGGACAUAAAGCCUCAAAAUCUUUUGGUGAACCCACAUACCCAUCAGCUAAAAAUAUGCGACUUUGGAAGCGCAAAAGUCUUGGUGAAAGGGGAGCCGAACAUUUCUUACAUCUGCUCUAGGUAUUACAGAGCCCCUGAGCUUAUUUUUGGAGCGACUGAGUAUACUACAGCCAUUGAUAUUUGGUCUGCAGGCUGUGUUUUGGCUGAGUUACUUCUCGGACAGCCUCUGUUUCCAGGUGAGAGUGGAGUAGACCAGCUUGUUGAAAUCAUCAAGGUUCUGGGUACCCCAACUAGGGAAGAAAUCAAGUGCAUGAACCCGAACUACACAGAGUUUAAAUUCCCCCAGAUUAAAGCUCACCCAUGGCACAAGAUAUUCCACAAACGCAUGCCACCAGAAGCAGUUGAUCUGGUCUCAAGACUUCUGCAGUACUCUCCUAAUCUUCGGUGCACAGCUCUGGAAGCCUUGAUCCACCCCUUUUUCGAUGAGUUACGAGACCCAAAUACUCGUCUGCCAAAUGGACGUUUCUUGCCCCCGCUGUUCAACUUCAAGUCUCAUGAACUGAAGGCAGUGCCGUUGGAGAUUUUGUUGAAAUUGAUUCCAGAGCAUGCAAGAAAGCAAUGUGCAUUCCUAGGGUUGUGAUUUGGUACCAUGUAUCUCCUAUUUCCCUACGUCAGAACAAGCUGGCGGCCCUGUAUACAAGGAUCACAUCAGUUGAG